AUGGGAGAUUUCAACAGGAAAAUCGGUAAAAGACUACCAAAUGAGGAUGGUAUAGUAGGUCAGUUUAGCACAGGAAAAAGAAACAACAACGGACAAAGACACGUGAACCUGGCACAGUUAAGUAAACAAAUAAGUGAAAAAAUCAGGACACACAGGAAUCAUAUAAAAAACAGGAUUAUUCAAUACCACAUUGAGAAAUCGGGAGGAAUAGAGAAAGCCCUAAAAAAUCUGAAAGAGAAUACAUCAUGGAUCCCAUGCAUAAAAAAUAAGACUUCUGGGAAUACAGAAACAAAACGGCCUGAAAUUAUAGAAGUAGCGACAGAGUUUUAUAGCAAACUAUAUGAUGACGUAGACUACACAAACACGCAAUACCUUCCGGAAGACAACGAAGAGACUAUCCUUCCAAUACUAGAAACCAAAGUAAGAAAAGCCAUACUGUCUCAAGGAAACUAUAAAGCUCCAGGAGACGAUGGAAUUACAAACGAAAUUUUGAAAGCUUGUGUAGACUACAUUAUAGAGGCCAUUACAAAUCUGUUCAACAAUAUUCUAACUGAAGAAAUAAUACCACAACAAUGGACAUCAUCAACUAUCAUAUUGCUCCAUAAAAAGGGCGACAAAGCAGAAAUAAAUAAUUACAGACCGAUCAGCCUCAUCUCCAAUCUAUACAAGGUAUUUGCUAAAUAG